CUGCGACGACUGCCAUGUUUCAAGUCAGAUAAGUUGUCUAUCAGUUGACGUUAAAGUGUUUCAGUCCAGACAAUAAAUAAUAAGUUUUAGUCAUACAAAGGGUAAAUGACAACUUCGUUGAGCAAAACAUUGCUUACAAUUUGGCGAACUAUUUUUCUAAAUAUAAAAUGAUUAAGUUGCGCAACAUGGCGAUUAUGGCUCAGCUGCUUAAAUUGUUGUCGUGAAAAGUUUCAAUGAUAGGGUUUUGCGACGACGACACGCUCUACUUAACUUCAGUUUUCAACUCAUUCGAAGCAUACAGUUAGUUCUAAUUUAUCGGUUAUCACUGCUCAGUGUGAUGAGACAUCUUGUGUUUCUGUGCGGCCAAGGCGCGAACGUGCUGUGACUAUUCCUCAAGUGCUUUUUGUUGGCUGGUUUGAGAAGAAAGUCGGAGAACAUCCGUCAAGCUGGAGCGACUACCGGAGUACCUGCGCGACACUGUCGACUGGUUCAUGGGGUGAGUCGCAUGCUCGCUCGCUCACCAUUGUACGUGAGUGCGGCCCCGCGGGCGCCACGUGCAUGUCUUUAUCAUGCUGGACUGCCUCUGGAAGGCGCGGCGCAAGGAGCGCGAAGGUGAGCCAGCAGGCGACCCCAAGCUGUACCUGCAGGAGGCGCUGCUGGAGCGCAAGCUGCCCGAGCUCGACAUGCGCCAGCUCGUUGACCUGCCGCUAGGUCUCGACUACAACGAGUGGCUCGCCUCACACACGCUGGCGCUAUUCGACCACGUGAACUUGCUGUACGGCACGGUGUCGGAAUUCUGCACGGCCACCAGCUGCCCCGAUAUGACGGGCCCGGGCGGCCGCACCUACGCCUGGUACGACGAGCGCGGCAAGAAGUCCCGCGUCGCUGCACCGCAGUACGUCGAUUACGUGAUGACUUUCACGCAGAAGACUGUCAACGACGAAACCGUCUUUCCUACUAAGUAUGCGAACGAGUUCCCCGCGCAGUUCGAGGGCGUGGUGCGGCGCGUGGUGCGACUGUUGUUCCACGUCGUGGCGCACAUGUACGCCGCGCACUUCCGCCAGCUGGCGCUGCUGCGGCUGCACGCGCACCUCCACCUCACCUUCGCGCACCUCACCGCGCUCGACCGCCGCUUCGCGCUGCUCGACCACAAGGAGACCGAGGUGCUGCGCGACCUGGAAGUGGCGCUGCGGCUGUCGGAACCGGCGGCGGGCGAGGCGGCGGACGAGGCGUCGCCGCGCCGCCGCGAGCCCGUGGUCACGCAGCCGCUGGCCACGGCGUGAGGCCGGCGACGCGCGGGCCCGCCGCCGCCGCCGCCGCCGCCCCCGCCCCCGCCGCCUCAGCCUCUUCGCACCGACUGUUUCGCCAGUUAAACGAUUGUUAAUUCUAUUGUAAAUAUUUCGAUCUGUUAAGUAGUUUUAGGUGAUUACGAAUAGUUUUACUUAUAAUUUGUGAUCGCUUUGGUUGUAAAUAAAAGUGAUAUUUGUUUAACUAAUAAAAUGAAAGCUUUAUGAGA